AUGUCGCAAAGCCAUGCACUAUCCGACGACCAGGUCGCGGGGGAACUCCGCAAAAUGACUGCUUUCAUAAAACAAGAAGCCCUCGAGAAAGCCCGCGAAAUCAAAAUCAAAGCUGAUGAAGAAUUCGCUAUUGAGAAAUCAAAGCUCGUCCGCCAGGAAACCGCCGCCAUCGACACCCUCUACGAAAAGAAGUUCAAACAGGCCGCCAUGUCGCAGCAGAUCACCCGCUCGACGCUCGCGAACAAGAGCCGUCUGCGCGUGCUGUCUGCCAAGCAGGCCGUUUUGGAUGAGCUGUUUGAGACGGCGAGGAAGAAUCUGGGCGGUGCAUUGGAGGAUGUGAAGAAGGGCACGGCCAAGGGGAAGGAGAGAAGGGAAUAUGGAGAGAUUUUGAGAGGGCUAAUUCUUGAAGGGUUGUAUGCCUUGAACGAGGAUAAUAUUCAGGUGAGAGCUCGGAAGAAAGAUUACGACGCGGUCAAGAAGGCUGCCGAGGCCGCGACGAAGGAGUUUAAGGAGAAGCUGGGCAGAGACGCUUCUGUGGAGAUUGACGAAAGCGAGCCUCUUCCAGAAGAGUCGUAA